AUACUGUUUGAUAUUUAUUUUUUGUGUUAGUAAUGUUGCCUUCCCUAGUUUGGCAAGUAUCUUGGGGAAUAGAACCCAUUGUGUUCUCAUAUAUCCUACUUAAAGUCUGUAAAGCAGUCUGGGUACAUUGUGACACUCAUAACUAUUUGUUAAGUAACAUUCCUUCUUCCUACUUCCAAAAGUAAUGAGAAUAUAGCAACAAGAGUCAGACAUAAGUGACAACAAGCACUUCAUGAAGUGCUUAAAAGGCUUUGUGAAGAUAGACAUAGAAUUUGAAUGUUUAGACUUUGCCUAAAAAGAGGGAAUGUCAAGCUAUGAGAGAACAUAUGGAGAAAGGCUAAAAUGUGAGAUUUAAGAUGGAAUUUGUGAGGAUAAGAAAAGACUGGAGUUGCAGGAAUUGUGGUUAGUUGGAAUAGGUGGAGUUAAUGAGGAAGGAUCAUAGAAGACAGGCAGAAGAGUUGAUAUUUUAGGUUGUAAGAAUUUUUGUAAGUUCUGAAGCAGGAAUAUGGCGUAAUAACUAUUAUGAAUUGUCUAUUUUAGAAUAAAGUUACCUCAAUGACCUUCUUAACUGGCAAAGCAGUAGAAGAUUUAUGCAGAAUAAAGCAGGUUGAUCUGGAUUCUAGGCACAUUGGUUGGGUAACAAGUGAACUUCCAGGAGGGGAUAAUCACAUCAUCAAAAUUGAAUUAAAGGGCCCAGAAAAUACACUAAGAGUUCGACAAGUCAAAGUCCUGGGCUGGAAAGAUGGUGAAAGCACAAAAAUCGCUGGCCAGAUUUCAGCCAGCGUGGCCCAGCAAAGGAACUGUGAAGCUGAGACUCUACGAGUAUUCAGACUUAUUACGUCUCAAGUAUUUGGAAAGCUCAUCUCUGGAGAUGCUGAACCUACACCAGAACAAGAGGAAAAAGCACUUUUGUCAUCACCUGAAGGAGAGGAAAAAGUAUACAAUGUAUUUAUUUGUAUUCUAAAAAUAUUUAUUUCCCUUUUUCAUUCUCUUAUUAACUGAAUGAUCUUUAUAUUG